AUUGCAGUAGGUUUAUGAAGCUCAACUGGACUACAUUUGCGAUAUAUUUUUCGGCGGCAUAACUACAUAUAUCACUAAAUCACCGCACCCAAGCUGAUGUAAUGGGUGUUUAGAUUGUUCUACUGGCGAUUGUGGUGGUGCUAGUGGGAUAUCUAUUACUGAAAUGGCGUCGUGCCCUUCACUACUGGCAGAAUCUGGGUAUUCCUUGCGAGGAAUCCCACAUCCUGAUGGGCAGCCUGACGGGAGUGCAGACGAGUCGAUCAUUUAGUGACAUCUGGAUGGAUUACUACAAUAAGUUCCGUGGUACUGGGCCCUUCGCAGGCUUCUAUUGGUUCCAACGACCCGGAAUUCUCGUGCUGGAUAUUUCGCUGGCAAAGCUCAUCCUGAUCAAGGAGUUCAAUAAGUUCACCGAUCGUGGUUUCUACCACAACACGGAGGACGAUCCCCUGUCUGGUCAGCUGUUUCUGCUAGAUGGCCAAAAGUGGAAGUCUAUGAGGAGCAAGCUAUCCUCUACGUUUACGUCGGGUAAAAUGAAGUAUAUGUUUCCCACCGUGGUAAAGGUGGGUCAUGAGUUCAUCGAAGUCUUUGGCCAAGCGAUGGAGAAGUCUCCCAUUGUCGAGGUUAAGGAUAUCCUGGCCAGAUUCACCACCGACGUAAUCGGCACAUGUGCCUUUGGCAUUGAGUGCAGUAGUCUUAAGGAUCCAGAGGCCGAGUUCAGGGUAAUGGGUCGUCGAGCCAUCUUCGAACAACGACACGGACCGAUCGGGAUCGCGUUCAUCAAUAGCUUCCAAAAUCUGGCACGCAGACUGCACAUGAAAAUAACACUGGAGGAAGCCGAACACUUCUUCCUCCGGAUCGUCAGGGAAACAGUCGCAUUUAGGGAGGAGAACAACAUCCGUCGCAACGACUUUAUGGAUCAGCUCAUCGAUUUAAAGAACAGUCCACUGACAAAGUCCGAGUCUGGGGAAAGUGUUAACCUUACGAUCGAGGAAAUGGCCGCCCAGGCGUUCGUGUUCUUCGGAGCUGGCUUCGAAACCUCGUCGACCACCAUGGGAUUCGCCCUGUAUGAACUGGCCCAGCAUCAGGACAUUCAGGACCGGGUAAGGGAGGAGUGUCAGGAGGUUAUAGGAAAGUGCAACGGAGAGAUAACUUACGAAAGUAUGAAGGAUAUGGUCUAUCUAGACCAGGUUAUAUCAGAAACCCUUCGUUUGUACACCGUUCUUCCGGUCUUAAAUCGUGAGUGCCUGGAGGACUAUGAGGUUCCUGGACAUCCCAAAUACGUCAUCAAGAAGGGAAUGCCCGUUUUGAUCCCUUGUGGAGCCAUGCACCGCGAUGAGAAACUGUAUGCCAAUCCAAACACCUUUAACCCUGACAACUUCUCGCCCGAACGAGUGAAGGAGCGCGACUCCGUGGAGUGGCUUCCAUUCGGGGAUGGUCCCAGGAACUGCAUCGGCAUGCGGUUUGGUCAAAUGCAGGCCAGGAUUGGAUUGGCUUUCCUAAUCAAUAAGUUCAAGUUCUCUGUUUGCGACCAAACAACAAUACCAAUUGUAUACAGCAAAAAAACCUUCUUAAUAUCAAGUGAGACUGGCAUCUUCUUGAAAGUUGAGCGCGUUUGAAAUUUCGAUUUUUAAUCUAUUAG